AUGAAGUUCAGGUUGAAUGAAAAUUUAAGAGCUAAAGAUGAUCUUAUGUAUGCAUCUUUUUUGUUGUCAUUGGGUAAUGGAGAACUACAAAAUAAUGAAGAUGCAUUUGUUGAGCUUCCAUCAAGUAUUGUUAAGCCUUGUUAUUCUGGUGUAGCUGAUGAUGUACACCUUACAGUUGUGGCAUUACCAGAUUUGGAUAUGCCUCCAUUCAGUACAUAUAUUUUUACUACAAGAACUAUUUUGACACCGAUGAAUGAGGAUGUUGAUGCCAUUAAUUCAAGCUUGACUGAAAAAUUCCCUGGUGAAUUAGUGGUAUAUAAAAGCUUUGAUACAAUGAUUGAUGAUAAUUGUUCUAUCUAUCUUGUUGAAUUUCUAAACAAGUUGUCUCCUGGUGGUAUGAGUCCUCAUGAGCUUAAGCUGAAAGUUAAUAGUCCUGUUAUUCUAUUAAGAAACAUUUUGCCAUCAUCUGGACUGUGUAAUGGAACAUGA